CCCUGAGGGGGACCUCAGGCCUCGAAAAUCCGACCGAGAGAUUUCGCAAAAAACACUAUCUGAAAAUGUUCCUGGGCAUGCCCAGACAUCAUUCCAAUGCAAAAAAGCCGAGAAUGUUUUGGGCCAGGAAAGGGCCCUAAUGACCCACGUCCUUUCAGCAAUCCACUCUCUCUCUCUCAUAUUUCUCUUUUACUAGAAUAGCAGGGUAACUAGGAUCAGUUGGCUUAUUUAUUCCAUAACCGUAUUCUAACGCACUAUAUAUCUGUUCAGCCCGUCUCCUUUUACAGUGUUAUGCAGCGGAAGUCUUCUGUUGGAAUACUUAAUUCAUGAUGAAGUUUCUUUGAUUUUACUCAUCUUUUUCAACAGGUAUGUCUGUCGAGUAGCACUGGAUGCUAUGAUGAUCGAAGGGGAGUUGGGAGUGGAAAACGAGAAGAAUGGAAUCGUGCAAUAGUGUGUUAGAAUACUAGUAUAGAGAGACUAUUCCAAGUUAUCCAGUAGCAGAUGAGUACUGUUGACCAGUGCACUGUAAAAAAUAAAGUCUGUAAUGGCACACAUAAAGUAAACGCAAAGUCGAUUCCAAGUGACGAUCUAGUAACUAUCUGUGCUGAAAAUGCCUCAGAUUCAUCAAUCGAUUGUUCAAAUCUACCAUAUGACGAUAUUUUUCUUUCGCUGUUUUUUCUUAUCCGUUUUUGCUGGAAACGACAACAUAUAUACUUUCGAUGAUGGUGAUCAUGAUUCUGAAAUUAUGUUUUCAUUUGAUGCACUAGUUCUGGAGAAAAAUGGAAAAUAAAAAAUCUUUCUAGCACAUCUAACUCUUUACAUACCUAGAUUGACCAUCUAGAGAAGAUAAGCACUUUUCGAUGUCGAGUGAACGUUUAGAAGAUUUACACACCUAGUAACGCACUUUAUUUUUUACCGUUUGUAACUUAUGCAGGUGAUCCUGAUAUCUCAGACGACAUGUUUUAUAAAUCGUAACGGAACGUAGUCUUAAAGUGAUAGUCCUUGCCAAGAAAGCCAGCUAUCGAAUGCUAUCACCCGCAUUCCAGCAAAAGUUUUGUUGAGCGAGACAAAGCAAAUAUUCUCUACCCUAUGGAUAAUUUUGUGCACAUGUGUAAGGCGCCAGUGAUUCAAACUUACAGUACUAUUUCUUUCCCUAGUGAUCGACUUUUACGAAAGAGUCUGACAGGAAUCUGAUAAGAAACUUAUAAGAACCCGCUGCGACUAGUGUAAGAAUCUUAUUAGAUUCUUAUUGAAUUCUUACAUAAGAAGUCCACACGAAAAUGAUAAGAAUUCGAUAAAAAGCAGAUAAGGAUUAGUUGAGAAUCCUCUAAGGAUUGAACAAAAAAAGGGCAAUAACUUCCAACAUUUUUUUCUUCUUUAGUUAGCUGUAUAGUUUAUUGGUGAGUGUGCAACAGGUCGCGAGGCAUUUUCAGAACGUUUAAAGAGUUUUUAGUUGAAACAGAAAUCACUUGAUAGAGCGCAAUGCGCUGAUUAAGACUAUGGCCAUUUUUGCCUUCCCACAUCGGUUUUUACACACGAUUUCAUACAGAGAAUUUCAAGAAAAUAAUAAUGAGAGUGAAAAGUAAAAAGGACAAAAAUCUAAGGCUGUUUUUCGUAAACGGAACUAUUUUUGCUAAUUUCGACACCUUCCUGGUAUUUUGCACUUUCCUCCACGAAAACUCGGUCUGGGAAGGCAAAAACGAUCAUAUUCUUGAACAGCACAUUGCGUUCUAUUCAGUGAUGCGUGUUUCGACCGACAAAAAAGUAGUGCUGUAAGUUCGAAUUACUGGCGUCUUAUAUUGUUUUCAGCUGCAGACUUUCGUAUCUGUGUUUUGAAUAACUUUUGGUUGAAAAGGAUAAAGAAACGGAAAUUGAAAGUUUUAUGGCUUUGGUUGUCCUUUUCGCUUUCCGCUAAACUUCGAAACAGAAGAAAGUGAUUUUUGUACUCUAAAGCACAUUCGCAUUCCAAGCAACUGAAUUACAGUGUAUUCUAGAAAUUUUGAGCCGCUUACCUUGUUCCUUGAUGAUUUAUGAUCAUCUCAACUUUUCAUGAAAAUAAGCGGUAGGCCGAAAUCUUUUUAGAAAAAUUUAAUUUUUAAUUAUUCUGAGGAUAUCAAGUGCUGAUACAUGGGUAAAAAUAUCAAAGUUUCAGAGAUUAAGCAAUAACUGUGUUAUUCGACUCGGUUUCUGAUGUCGAUGUCGAAUAUAGAGAUUGGGCAGAGAUUAGAUUUAGAGGUAGUAGUAAGUGCUAAGUAGUUCGCAAAGUAGCUCACACCAGUUUUUGCCUUUAACUUUUUUCAUCAGAGUUUUGUGCAGAACGUCCACAUCACAAGUGUGAAUAUCUGACCUCCCACCUCCGCCUCUUUUUUUGCUAUAAAUCCUCUUUUUGGUCUCUUUUGAGAAAAAUCCUCUUUUUUCACGAAUACAGUACCUGUUGACGAACAAAUUCGUUAUUGUUGAUUCAUCCGGUGGUUCAUGUCAUCAAGUACUUUUACUCUUGACUUCUGUCAGUCGUUAAGCUCAGGUUCUUCAAUCAAGGGAGACUAGAAACUCUCUCAGUACACUAGAUUAAACAAAGUGCCAAUCCAAUUUAUAUAGUAUAUUUAAAAAUAAUCGUAAAAAUACAUAUGCCGGAAUAACAUGAAGCAAGGAGAACACUAACUGGUCCGACUACUUACUAACUCUGUAUUCUAUAUGCACUCGAACUGACUAUCUCUGAAUAUAUGCUUUCAUAUACAUAUCCAAAAGAACAAAGACAUGUAAUAUAAAAGAGAAAAAGACGGAGAUAGCUAAAGAUGACGCAAUCUUUAAUAUAGAAUAAUAGUGAUCACAACUAGACGAAAAAAACAAUAGAUGAACGAAAUUUCUGUUGUUUUCUCAUUUUGCAGUGCGCAUAUUAUGAACGAUGCAAAAUAUAUGUGAACAAUACUGAAUUUCACUUUUCGCUGUUUCGAGUCGCCAUUGAACGCAGAUCAUAGAUAUGCCACCGUUACAUGCUUCUACACUUGCGAGGAUAUUUAUUUGUUAGCAUUUUUCUCCGAAAAAAACUGAACUUCUCUUUUCCUCUUUUUUUUAAACUACGAAUCUUCUUUUUUCCUCUCUUUUUACAAACUGUCGGUGAGAUACCAGAUAAAUAUUGACUCGGAUCGAGCAAACCUUUUUGCACAUUUCUGAUUAACUUCAAAAUUAAUAAAACGAUUUUUGUUUCCUCUCUAUUUAGGAUUUCACGAGUACAACCGGAUUCGUUAUGAUGAACGUCAACCAUUAUUUUCCGCUAUACGAGUUGCUUUACGUAUUGAUAGAGAAACAAUGAAUAAUAUGCAUGGAAGAAAGAAGAACAUUGAACUUGCAUUUCAAAAAUUUAUUAGUUUUUUUCAACAAAAUAAUAUCACCAUCUACUUCGGCUCAGUCAUGUUUGAUAAAGACGAUGUAAUUUAUAAAAAUUCAUUUAUUCAACCACAGUUUCCAACGUUUAUUCAAAAUUAUUCCUGGUCCAUAUUAACGAGUAUGGGAUGUCGUGUUCAAGAAAAGCUAAACACAAAUGAAAAUUUUAAAGAAAUCUUCUUGUCUGGAAUGUCAUUAAUCGAUAAAGAGGAACAAGAUGAUAUCAUGUAUUAUAUGUGCUCACGAUUAUACUAUCGAGCCUUAAAACAUUAUUUUAUUGAUUUCUACGAGGAAUUUAUUGAUAUAUGGAAGCAGUAUUACUCCUUUUAUAAGACAAGCUUGAUGAGUCAAUUCCCAAUUACCUUGAAAAACGAAGUAUUUAUUCCAUGCGUCACUUUAACAUCCAGUACGGAUCCGAUUGUAAAACCUUUUAAACUUUCAAAGUCGAAUCGAGUAUUACGCGAACCACAAUUUGGAAAUUUGGACAAUUUUAUCUUUGUCGAGUUCCGCGACGAUAAUGGUAAUCAACUUCAAUCACGAGAUUUUGUCGCUCUUUGUCAACAUUUCAAACAGUAUUUGACAACUGGAUUUAUCAUCGGCGGCAGAUCGUAUUGUUACCUGCACCACGCACAAUCACAAGUUCGAUUCAAACAAUUCUAUUACUAUUGUGAAAUGCCUAGUUGCUUCACAUUUGAGGAAGCGUAUCGUUGGAUGGGAAACUUUGCCAAUGAAAGAGUUGUAGCAAAAUAUGCAGCCAGAAUGGCACAAUGUUUUUCGAGUACACAGCCAACAAUCCAAAUCAAAGCCGAUUUAGUAAAAUAUGUGGAUGAUAUAAUCAGUAGUGAUAAUAAAUACACGUUUACAGACGGAGUUGGAAUGAUAUCAAAGCAACUCAGUAACAAGGUAAUUACAGUAUCUCCGUUAUUUAUAUAA